GAGCCCUUUCUUGCUCAUCUUUGGGUCUGUCAACGCCUUGUCUAAAUUCUACACCGCCCGAACAAGCAAGCUCACGAAUUAGACGACCCCCGACGACUGUAGUUCAUGAUGUCUACUUUGGACGUACGAGAUCCUAUCAAGAGCCAUAUGCUGAGGUCCGCUACUCCCGGAUCCAACGAGAAAGGGAUGUCGAAGUACCCUCCCGACGACGACAAGGCAAGCAGCAUCCGAUCCAGCGUAAGUAGACUGCGCUCCCCGCUUUCCAACGGCGCGUCCCGUCUGGACGAGCUCCCCGAGGAAAGAGAUAACGGAGAUGGAGGCGACAUCAGAUCCGAUGUUCAAGAAGGAAACGGGUCGGACAUCAUGCGGACUAUUCCUGUCCAUACCACCGGACCACCCGAGCAUGAACCAGGCCCAAAUGACCCCCCUGGCCCUCAUUUCGAGUCCUACGGCUCAUCGUUUGGCAAUUUUGGCCCCUUGCCUGCUGAAGGCGCCGUUGCACCCCCACUGAGUGGAACUGCGUGGAACGCACAGAAUGCGCCAACGAAAAACGGCAUGCCUCUGCCGGCAUCGUCUUCUGACAGCCAUCCUAACCCGUUCCAGCAAUUCGGCAUGACUCCUGUUGUGGCCACGGGCAUUCCCCUUCCGGCAACGAUGGCGUCAGCUGCAGAGAUUCCUUCCAGCCCUGCCAUGUCCCGAAGCAGGAUGAACGGCUCAAGAGCCUCGAACAAGUCCCCUCCUCCAGCGGAUUUCAAUGCGGUUUGUUGUUCAAUCUGCUCCUGCAUUGCAACUAAUUCACCUUCUCCCAGAUGAUGUCGCCAAAAUCUACCUCUCGCGUCCUCUCGCCGCAGCGCACGGCCAAUGGCGAAGACCGACCGUUAUCUCCUCGGACGGCUGGCUCUCAGAACCAGUCGUCACGUUCGCGAAACCCGAGGAUGAAUCCCGCUGCGUAUCCUCUACCUGAUUCCGAGG